AUGCAAAUUGGACGCGAAAAUGGCAUAUUUAUCGGUUCAAUGGACACGAUUCCUGCUUCUCUUAGUGGCACAGACGACGAAGGUGAAAAGGCACCGACGCUGAAAGAAUAUUUUAAACCCGACGGCUUACUGCGCGUGGGACGAAGUCGAUGCUGCUUCCCUGAUUGUAAAAACGACCACUUGGUUCAGCUCUUAGUCUGCAAGAAUCAAAAAACGAGAGAAACACUCGAUAUUUCAGAGAAUUACUACAUAGCAGUGACAAUUGCUCGGAAUGAUGGCCAACUCAGUUAUCCAGUCGACUGCGACUACAUGCGUAUCAAAACUGAAACCGAAAAAGGCUUGAAACUAUCCAUGGCAGGUGUGGCCGGGUUUCUCUUCCGUUUUUAUGAACCAAACACCAAGUACUUGGUCACUUUCGCUCUGAAAACCGGUCCAACGACGAAGAAGAGUAAAAAGAAACGUAAAAAACAACAAAACUUGUGGAAAACGGUGAGCGAACUUACAAUCCAACUGGAAACGGGGUCGAAACGGUGUAACUCACGGAAGCCCAGAAAGGCUCUGGCAACAAGAAAUGUGACCCCACAGUCUGAGUUGGAACCUGCCUCGCUUACUGAAGAAGGUAUGGAGCUUUUUAGGCGAUCUAUGUGGGUGAUGAAAGAGCUACAAUCGCUUCGUGACAAUGCGAGGUGGAGCGAUUUCGAUGAUCGCGCAAAUGAACUUCUGCUAUCUUAUACAGAUAUUGACACAAUUGUUGCCAUUAAAUUAGAGCAGAGCGUGGCAGCCUGUUACAAGAACGAUUUGGAACACUCGUUACAGCUAUUAGACGAGGCCUUCAGUCUCAUGUCGGGAGCCACCAACGUCCUAGUUUUAGCUGGAAGGGGAUACGGCUACCGCGCUGGUGUCAAGAGACGUCAGCGGAAUCUUGGCGAAGCGCAACAAGACGUUCAGUUGGCAGAGCAAAACAUUCGCGCGUGUCACACAAGCCUAGAUGCGAGCUUCAUUGCUUACGAGAGAGCGAGCGUGUUGCUAGAUUUCAUCGGCCGCCUGUCUCAACGGAGCCCCAAACAAGUCGAGGAGGCUUUACGUAAUUUGGAAAAGUGUAUCGAUGUGUGUUUAAGCGUUGAAAUGCAAGAUGAGAAAAUGUAUGUGAAGAAACAUCACUUUGCUUUCAUAAAAAUUGCAAUGCUUUUGCUCGAUUGCCGCACAGAGGCCGCACGUGAACGAGUUCUGAGCGAAGAGUUCAUCGCAAAAGGCGAGAAGUGUCUAAAGACGCUGGAAACCAAAUACUGGUCGCAGAUCGCAGAAGGAGUCAAAGUUCAGUUCUACCUGGCAAGUUCAGACUUAGAAUACCGAAAGGGAAACUGUCAAAACGCUGAAAAUUUUGCCAGUUUAGCUAAGGACAGAGCGGUACAUCUGGGUUUCAACACGGAAAUUUCUCACGCACAAGAACGACUGGAUCACAUGCGUGUCGUCACGCGUGGAACUCAUAAUGCCAGGCCUUUGUACAUGGCCAGAGGCGCAAGUGCUAGUGAGGGAGAAUAUGGCGAUAUCAGCUCAGAUAUUAGCCUAUCGGGUUCUGAAUCGGAUUGGCAAAAGAUUUUGAAGCCUACUGACUAGUGACCGGUCACACAAUGCUCGUUUACCUGCCAUUACUAAAUAAACCGUCUCCAACCAAAACGAUGGGGGAGAUCAGUAUUGGAACUCACAUCUUCCAAUCUCUUAGGUGAUAGCCAUCAUGUGCAUAGUAUUUGACUCUAGUAAAAAAAUAAAUCAUGACUGUAGAGCGAACAAUCAAACAAACAUUAAUGAUUUAGCAAUGCUGAAUCAAUAAUUGCGAUAAGUUGUACUUGCUUGAUUGAAAUCAAUGUCUUUCAUUACAAUCAAUAAUUUUCCAUACAAGGAGCCUGUUAUUAAUUGAUCAAACAGAAGCCGCGGACAAGUUUUGAUAAUCGAGGUCUUUUUAGGGAACAGUUAUUACUGUUCUGUUUUCGCGCAUUAAUAAAGGCCAAAAGUUUUGGGACUUUUCCAGUGAAAUUGGUAACUAAAGACCUCCCCUUCCCAGCCCAAACAAUGUUGAAUUUUGACCACAGUGGGUGUAAAUGAGUCCUUUUUGGGCGCAUCAUUGCUGAGAGGAGUAGGGAGGGCGGGAGCCUGAAGGGACGAAUCAAAGCCAUAUCAUAGAUAUUCUUAUCAAUUAUUUUGGCCAAUCAGUUGACAGCUGUUGAGUAGAGUAUUCGAUCGAACUAGCCUGAAUCAAUGUCGAUCUGUUACAUGUACUGAAUGAAUAAAUAAUAAGUAAAACAUCGGUCAAAGGGACGCGACAUUUUUAGUAUUCACAACUGAUCAUGAAAUAGGGUUUAAAAUAAAAAUUAACAAACAAAUAACAAACUGUAGAAAUUCGGUCAGAGGUAACUUCUGGGACAUUCUAGGUAUAUAUAUAGGUCUUGACAAGUAAUGUAUCAAACAUGACCCUUAGGCCAGUUUCAAACGUUGUGUUACUGUCGCGCGUGUCGAAUGCGUGGCUGGCUCCAAUGUCACGACUAUAAAUGCUUGACUCAUGACCAUUCAGUCGAAUAAAACAGAUUUUGUCAAAAACAAAUCGACUUUAAGUACGCAACUGCCGUGCUUAAGACGAAUCCAUUAAUUCGGUCUAAUGACCUCUCGAGUUCGGUCAGAAGAGAAACCAAUACUGGGAGGAUGGAAGGUGCGUUGCAUUUGCUUGAAACGAAUCUAAAAAAAAGUGCAAAUGAGCGAGAAAAAUAGAUUUUCCAUCUUUACAGUGGCAUUAGCAUGAAAUUCAGCGCAUGUGCUGGCAGCGAAAACGUUACCUAAAACAUAGUUUUCCGCUGAUUCAAAACUCAUUUCUCUUCUUUCUAUCUUGCUUAAAUUGUCAAUUGGUGAAUUUUCGUAGAGUGGAAUUCGUAAGUAUCGCAUCCUGACUGGCUCAGAAAAAGAAAAUAGAAAUCUUCGGACGGUCUCGUGUUUACGUUCUCCAUAAAACAUAAAAGCAGAAGUCGAAAGACCAAUUCACACCAAAGCUUAAACAUAUUUAAACGAGAAAAAGGGUUUAUAAGCCUGGUUGCAAGUUACUAUUAUGUUGGGUAUGAAACGGUAAAAAUUUACAUAUAAUAAGAUGUAUUGGCGUGACAUUUCACCCUAUCGUCAGUUUUUCAUAAUGUUGGGUAAUAUAUUUACAGAAAAAUAUGAAUUUAUUAAAUGUAAAUUUAUUGGUGUGGAGGGGGCCUGACGCGCACGAGUAGGUUGUAACAGUAAAUGUAUCAAUCCAGCCAUCUGAAAGCCCUUGGACUUAACUUUCGAAUCAUGUUUCGAAUGCAUCGCGACAAGGGAGAUGGCCUGAGUGCGGUUUUUCGUUUUGACUUCGCGCACGAGCGGGGAAUCCCCGAUCAGUACGUGACGUCAUUCAAGAGUUAAAAUACAAACAGAGCUGUGUAAGGGAGUAAAGCGCCAAACACAAGUCAAGCUCGUAUGCAUUGGAAAGGAUUCAGGACUUCUAAGCCGUUGAAAACAAAUUAUUGACUUUCAGUUGAAAUAAGGAAACGAAAAGGAGCGAAAUACAAGGCUUGUAUACGUGUUUUAAACGGACAGACUAGCUAUUGCGUAGUUAGAAAUGUCGUUUCGACAAGGUGGACGAAGGACUGAGGUUCCAGCAGCCCUCCUAAAAAGGAAAAUAAGCGGGAAGAUUGUCGAAGUUUUACUUCCAAAACACAGCACGAUGAAACCUCAACAAGGACAUAUCAUCGUCCAAGCCAAAACUGUUUGUUUACAAAUGGGAGAUUAUAACAACUUUCAUUUUGAUGUCGUUGACCUCGGUAUGUCCGAUGAUGUUUCCGAACUGCUCACGAAAGUAUCCGACGAUGAUGAAUUGGUUAUUCGUGUCUUACGGAGAUAUGGUGAACCUGAAGAAUUUAUCUUGAAAAGAAAUGCAAGCGUGAUUUGUCCAUCGAUUAACAUUUGUGCAGACUUUUUCAGGAUUAUUCCACCAUCAGAUGAAAAGCCUAAUACAGACUCUUCCUUUGGGAUUACAGUUGACUCUCAAAUCCACACCAGCGAUGCUCAGAUCGGAGACUGGAAUAAAGCUAUUAUUAAACCCCGAGAGGGAUUUUGCGAUGUGUUUGACAGUACUCGGCCAAUCCUUCGUGUGCUACGGUCGCCUCCGAAGUUUGUUUCAGUUUCUCUUAAUAUAAAAGAUUUUCCAAACUUCAAGAGGGAUCAUCGGGUAGUGCUUAAAAUUUGCAAGAAUCGCUUUGAUGGCAGAGCUUUUGAAUACUGCUUUGAGGAUAAAAUAAAGAGGCAACAGGGAAUAAUCUUUUGUAAAAGCUUACGUGGCUUAUCUUUGGCCGGAUCGAAGAAAAUGAAAGGUUUCUAUGAUGUUGACGUGACGGUAACAGAAAGAAGUCAAAAUGAGAAAAUGGAAGUCAAAGAAGGAGUGAUGUUCAUACGCGAUGCUAGUUUCGAAAAUCUUCGAGGCUUAGUUGGGUUUUGGUUCCGCUUCCACACCGCAAAUAAAAGAUACAUCAUUACUUUUUCAUUGUGGGAGAAAGAUACUAGAGGUGAGAAAAGUGGGGUCCUUCUGGAUGAGGUACACAUCGAUGCUGAAACAGGCGAGCGAAAGCGUUCACCGCUAUCAAGACGCAAAAAACUUUUGUGCCUCGCCGAGGAGGUCCGUGAAGAGGCAUCACUUCCGGGUGAAAUUCACAGUGAGCCUACGUCACUUCCGGAGGGGAGCCACAAAGCUGUUGAAGGAAGCGAACAGAUUUUACCGAACGAUAACGGAAGGUUACCGAGCUUGCCCUUUUCGGAAGAAACAGGAUUUUCCGGGAAGAAGCUUUGGGAAUAUAAUCACAUGACGGCUGGAAAGAGGAUUCAAACACCACCUAAAAGGAAAAGACGCAGAAAACUAUUAUGCCCUGUCACGGGUCCUGCCACGGAGAAACCUGAAGAGACAUCACUUUUGGGUGAAAUUCACAGUAAGCCUACGUCACUUCCGGAGGGGAGUCACAAACUCGAAGAAAACGAACAGUGUCUGCCCGUUUCGAAAGAAACAAAAUUUCCCGGGGAGAACCUUUCGGGAUAUAAUCACAUGACGGCUGAAAAACUCAAACAAACACUUGCACCACCUAGCAGGAAAAGUCAACGAAGUCAUUUAUUUAAAAGGGAUUAUUGCAAUGGUGAAGCGCGGUUACAAGGUCAAACUUCUCAAUUUAUGUCAAAAGAAAUGCCACUUCCGGCGGAAGUUGACGGUUCGGUCUAUGAGCAGAGCCUGCGAAUUAUGGAAGUUUUGGGAGAUUUACGCGAUAAUGGAAAAUGGGAAGAAUUCGAUUGCGAAGCUGAUCAGUUGCUUAGAAAAUUUUUUGACUGCAAUGACCUUCUGAUUACUGUCAUUCUUGAACAAGGAAAGGCUGCUUGCUUUCGAAACGAUCAAACGUCCGCGGAGGAUUUUAUUAAGAAAGCAUCGUUGAAAAUUCGGCAGGAAUCUUGUAGCUUGGUAUCCCUGUGGAAAGGUCGGGCGAAUACCUAUCUGGCGGAGAUUUACGGAAGAGAUAAGCUGGCAUUUGGUAAAGCACAGCGAUGCAUCACGUCUGCGAAGAAGUAUCUAAAGAACACAUCCUACCUUUUAGACCGUGCCUGCCUUGCUUGCGAAGAGGGCAGCCUGCUUCUCCAACAGUCUCACUUAUCAUCCAUGGCGGAAGAAUCCAGGCGUUGCUUUGACAGCUCUAUCGAGUUAUGCAAACUUGGCUUAGAAGAAAGCCCCAACAACCGCCUGCUUCUAAGAACGCACGACCUGGCAGUGACGAAGAAAGCUAUGCUUCUUCUGCAUUUUUCCAAAGAUUACGGACUGAGCGGAAACUUAGUGAAUGAAAAAACACUUCUUGAGGCAAGGCAGUGUCUCGAGAGUCUAAAACUCGCCUCCGUUAAGGAAAUGACAAAGACUGCACAAGUUCAAUACCAUUUG